AUGCCAAUACUGUGCGUCUCGAAACGCAUGCGCAGAAGCCAUGCAUUCAAGCAGGCCGCUUCGGCCAGACAUCGUGCGAGAGUUCCCGCCGCCCGGGCUGGGGGUGACGUGCGCACUGUAAAGUCCGCUGUGCCGCAUCGCCCGUGUAUCGUUUCACGGGGCGCAAGUAUUCGCAGGUUCACAGCGCCGUCGCGAAUACCCUCGCGCCUCGAGCGGCCCAACAUCACGACUUAAAAAGGGUUUUGGCCCCGACGAGGUUUGACUUCACUACGUACGUACACGGUACACCAGUCCGCUGCCUCGCAUACUCGCGACAGCCACGAGUAGUGUGGCGCCGACUGAUCAGGCAGCCUUGCUUGGAUAGGUCUCUACCCCGCACGUUCGUUAGGCUGUUCUACCCGGACGGCCAGCCGCCCAAGAGGAUGCUAGCAAGAGUGUCAACUACGGACUCGCCGUUUCCAGGCCACUUUCGCACCUCCGUUGUUGAGACGUACCUGCCCUCCGCCGACUUCCAACGUCUUGUUUUCGUGAGUACCCACCCGUUCUUUCCGGCAUCCUCAUCGCUUUCGCCUCGUCGCUGACAAUGGUCGCGUUCCCUUCCCUUGCACACCCUCUGGACAUUGACAGGGUGUGUACUCACGAUCACGAGAUUUCGGAAAGUCGGCGGAGGGCUGGGUAUGUCCCAAGGACGGAUGGAUGGCUUGCGUCAUCUUGGGGUGCUGGUUGUCCUGGUAG